AAGUCCUUCAAACUGAUCCUCGGACGGCCCUCAGGUCGCCUGAAGGAUGAAUUCUCGUCGAGUUUGCAAGCCUUGAUCGUGUUUGCUGCCUCCACUCCUUUGCCUGUUGCCGGAAAUGGGCCUUCUUAGGGAGAUUGUACUGGUGAUCUUAGGCAUAUCCCUUCUCACAUUCCUUGUGCUCUUCGGUAGAAUCCCAGCCUUCAGAAAGACACCGAUCGGUUAUAUCUAUCGCCUUGUUUGGGUCCGUCUCCCUAAGUUAUUCAUAUCGCUCGACUCAAUUGUUUGUGGAGGACGGUUCACGCGUUACACCACCAAAACUGGGCAGUACUUGUUCCACGAAAACCACCCGCUUGUCUUAAUCUUCUUCCUAACGUUGUUGGUUUGCUCCGAGAUAUUAUUUAUCCCAGCCGUAUGGAAUAGACUCGGUCCUGUACACCGUCUUUUCGUGCCGAUAGUUGUCGUUCAACCUUACAUCUUUCUUUACUUAAGCGUGUAUACCACAUCGUCAAUCACGCCUGAAAACCAUGCCUGGCAUAUGCGUCUAUAUCCAUAUGACCGAACCAUCUUUCACCCGGGAAACAUAUGCCGCACAUGCAACUUCUUGAAACCAGCCCGGAGUAAGCAUUGCGGACUUUGCAAUGUUUGUGUCGCACGGCAUGAUCAUCAUUGUAUCUGGCUACGUAACUGCGUUGGCAGAAACAACUAUGCCUAUUUUCUUGCGCUCCUGCUCUCAAUGUCAGUUCUACUUGGAUAUGGCUCCUUCUUGGGCUAUACGAUCUUGGACGAUAGCUUGCGGAAGGCACUAACUCCAAAUGUGCCUCUAUCGUCAGCUCUAAAUCACUGGAGUAAAGGUAUUCCCUGGUCGAUGUAUAUCGAGAUGUGGUCUCUGGCUAUUGCGGAUGAUAUCCGCGUUGGUUCAGUGUUUCUCUUAGCUGCAUUGACAACCCCCUUAGCUGUAGCAAUGUUUUGCUACCAUAUGUACUUGAUAUGGGCGGGAAUGACUACCAACGAAAGUGCUAAGUGGUCAGACUGGCGCGAUGAUGUCGCGGACGGUGUUGCUUUUAAAGCACAAUAUAGUCGCAUUUAUGGAAAUUUGUUUGAUGAUAUGGUUGAACCUGAAGUUCCUUGGCCAAAGGAAAAUGACCAGACACUGGUCUUUACGGAUGGACACCCCCCAAAGGAAGGUCAUCUUUUGACAAGCGACCGCUUCUCGAUUAUACAGCCGGAUAAUCCCGAUGCCAAGGAUGAUCCAAGAUGGAAUAGAGUCCGAAGCAUGAAGGAAGUUGUGAAUAUCUAUGAUCGCGGCCUCUGGGUCAAUCUGUUUGAUUCCUUGGGGAUUGUGACCCAUCCUUCAGCAAAGCAUUACGCAUCUUGUACAUAAUAGGGAGUAGCACUCUAGUAAUCCUGUUGGUACGAUAGGCUAUCAUCACAUCUAUUGCUCGUGGCGCAAAGCUUUAUUUUAUUUUAUUUUUUUAAAAAUUUUUU